CGGUGGCCGUGCUCCUGCCUCCGCCCCCCCGCUGCCGCAGCCCUUCCCGGCCCGCUCCGGCUCCGUCUCUCUGUGCCUGUGCCCUACCGUCCCGGCGCUGCGCUGCGCUUCCCCCCGCCGGUGUCCCCCGCAGCUUAUGGCCCUGGAAGGCGCCGCUGCCGCCGCCUGUAUUUCUGCUGUAGGUUCCCACAUCCCUCUUUAAAAAUUCCGCCUAAAAAGAGAAGACGAUUUACCAAAUCUUUCGGGCCGUUAUCUCACGGCAAAAUCUCUGAUCAAGUUUACAACUAUCCAGAGGGCUUAGGAGAAGUGCUUUAUAGAGAACAGUUCGACUUCAACGCUGAGCCACCUUGGGAACCUAGCUGAUGAUAGUAGGGUUCCAUCUCCUAACUUGUCCAUUUUGUUGCAUAAUUUAAGGACCCGGAUUUAAGGCUUGGAAGCCCAUCCCUUGUGUUUCUUGGUUUAUGACUGUCGGCUUCGCGGAAUACGGCUGAGAUGAAAGGAUUUCUCGAGGAUGCAAAUUACUCCAUUGGCCUGUUGGAUGAAGGAGCAACUCUUGCAGAUGUUAUUGACAACUGUAUUUAUGAACAUACUCAUACCGGAAAAAGAGCAUUUUAUGUUGGUGAUCUUGGAAAGCUUGUAAAGAAAAACAUACAAUGGCAGAAUGUGAUGGCACCAAUAAAACCAUUUUAUCCUGUAAGAUGCAAUUCUACUCCAGGUGUACUCGAAAUUCUGGGAACCCUCGGGAUUGGAUUUGCAUGUUCCAGUAAAUCUGAAAUGGCAUUGGUACAAGGCCUGGGCAUUUCUCCUGAAAAUAUUAUAUAUACAAAUCCUUGCAAGCAAGCUUCUCAGAUCAAGUAUGCGGCAAAAGCUGGGAUAAACAUCAUGACUUGUGACAGUGAUAUUGAGCUGAAGAAAAUUGCACGUAACCAUCCAAAUGCUAAGCUCUUACUGCACAUUGCCACAGAAGACAUUACUGCUGAUGAGGAGAUGAAUAUGAAGUUUGGCACCACCCUGAAGAACUGUAGGCAUCUGAUGGAAUGUGCUAAGGAGUUUGGAGUCCAAAUAGUUGGUGUUAAAUUUCAUGUUUCAGGCUCUUGCAAGGAACUGCAAACGUACAUUCAUGCCAUAUCUGAUGCUCGGUGUGUGUUUGACAUGGCUGAAGAAUUUGGCUUUAAGAUGAACAUGUUGGAUAUUGGUGGAGGCUUCACCGGUUCAGAACUUCAGCUUGAAGAGGUUAAUCAUGUCAUCAGGCCACUGCUGGAUGUCUACUUUCCUAAGGAAUCUGGUGUUGAUGUGAUUGCAGAGCCUGGAUGUUAUUAUGUUUCAUCUGCAUUUACACUAGCAGUUAACAUCAUUGCAAAGAAAACUGUUGAGUAUGACAAACUUCUUCCUUCUGGAAUGGAGCAAGCCAGGAGUGAUGAUGAACCAGUAUUUACAUAUUACAUAAAUGAUGGUGUUUAUGGUUCUUUUGCGAGUAAAUUGUCUGAGAAACUGAAUACUAAUCCAGGGGUUCACAAGAAAUACAAGGAAGAUGAGCCUCUGUUUGCAAGCAGCCUUUGGGGUCCAUCCUGUGAUGAGCUUGAUCAAAUUGUGGAAAACUGUCUUCUUCCUGAGCUGAGCGUUGGAGAUUGGCUGAUCUUUGAUAAUAUGGGUUCUGGUACCUUAGGUGAACAGUCUACCUUUAACGACUAUCAGAGGCCACUGAUUUACUAUAUGAUGUCUUUCAGUGACUGGGAUGAGAUGCAAGAUGCUGGAAUUACUUCAGACACAUUGAUGAAGAACUUCUUCUUUGUGCCUUCUUGCAUUCAGCUGAGCCCAGAAGACCGCUUUUCCACUGCAGCUUAAACAGGCAUUAACGCUUCAUUUAGACCUGCAGUUGCAAGUCUGUAGUUUGUCUGGUCAACAUUCCAGUGUGGAAGAAAUGGAACAAUCUUGAAUUCAAUUCAUUCUCUUCAAAACUUGAAAAAAGUAGUAAUAGCUAAUGGGGACCAGGCAAAACAAGCUACAGCUACAAUUCACUGGGGGGUGGGAGGGUUAGAUAAUGGCAUCCAAAUUUAAACUUAAGUUUGUUCAACCCCUGAGCGUUUAAAUAUGCAACAAAAUGGAUGACUUAGUGGAGAUGGAAACCCAUCACUUGGGUUCUUCAACAGUUUACAUACAAGUACACAGUUUUUAUACUAAGGAUUCCUGUUAGAAAAGUCUUGUAAAGUUAUUGUCUUUCGCCCAGAUAUAUCAAAUGUCAGUGGGAGACCAGUGUGAUUUCAUUAGAUGUUUAGUGUAUUUAGAAUGUGUAAAUUUGUGCUUUGAACUGUAGUUUAAUAAAUGUAAAAUUGCAUCAUAGUAUUUGUUGUAUUUGACCCUUGAUGUAUCCCUUGUAUGAUUGCAAUAAAACUUUGUGUAGAUUUUA